UGGAUUCAAACGUGAAGAAAAUAAUGAAACCAUAGUAAUAGGGCGCCGUUUCAAUAAUAUCCUUCCAUUUUUUGAAGAGCCAUUAGAUUCAAUAUCGGCACUAGGCAUUUGUACUGCCGAUAAUAUACUAGAAGAAACAGAGGAAAUAUAUAAUACAGAUAGAAUUAGCUGCAAACUUCUGUCGCUGCCAUAUGAAAGUAAAGUUAUUUUAAUGCCAAUUUUACAUGAGUGCACUUAAAAGUAAAACUAAAAUAUAAUUAAUACAUACAAAUUAAAAUACAGAUACAACACCAGUACAAAAAAUAAUAUAAAUAUGGAGAACGAACCGGAAAAACUACAGAGAUCGCAUGCUUUUGUAGGAAACGAACUAAAAAAUUAUCGUAUCACGAAAGCCCCAUGUCAUCUAUGUAUCCAGUUCAAAGAAAUGAUUGAAAGACAAACCCAAUUAAUCACUGAAAUGAUGGCCGAUCAAAAAAUUUUAAGAGAAAACCUUUCGAAAUUGCAAGCAACAACAGAAAAUCAAAACAAGGUUAUAGUGGAAAUGAUGGCCGAUCAGAAAGUUCAGUUGCAAGCAUUUAAUAAAACUCGCCAAGACGUAACUGCCAUAACAACAGCAUUUCCGCUUAAAACAGAAGAAGAUCUUCAAAAGAUGGAAGCUGAAAUAAAUGAAAUUAAUGAGGAAAAAUAUGUAUCUGCCGUAAAAUAUUUACUUGAUGGAAGUGCGCCUAAAAACUUAGAACGCAUACACUGA